AUGGCCGUCACACCGCUGGUGCAGCAGGAAGUGGACACAGUGCUGGCUCGUGACCUUCCUUUGGUCUCGAAGUGGAAACUGGUCGAAAGCACCCUCCUCUCUUGCGGUCUAGCCUGGAAGGCAUGCAUCCACCCGAGCAUGCUGCUGGUUCAUCCUCUCAACAGAGGCGGGCUAGGCAUCAAUGGCCACUCGGCCCACGCGAAAGGUGCAUCCCUGCUGGCUAGCGGUUUCGACCGCAAAUUCCUCCACUCGUCAACGUGCUUCGAGUUGGCAGUGGACGAGAAGACCCGCCGGGAGCAGCUGCAGUUCAACGAGGCCAUGGUGGGCCAGGCCGACGGGCUUCUCGCUGCAGUGAGCCGCUCUGAGAGGUUCCUGACAGUUUCCAGUGGGCACGUGUCGCAGUUCGCGAAGGCCGCCUGGAGCAGCUGCCGAACACCGCAGCCGGUGCUCCAGGACCAGGGUGGCUGCUUGAACAGGGAGAGCCUCUCCAGGGACCCGGAGUUCAAGCAGAUGCUGGACGAUGGAUGGAAUUGGCUCGUCGUGUCCUCCGUUGCAGAGCAUCAAUGGCCAGACUUGCCUCGCUUGGCAGAGAAAGCUCUCAAUGCCAGUAACACCGCUUUCCAGAGCCUGCUCGAGCUUGAGAUUGCCCUGCACAUGGAGGAGCUCUCCAAAGGCAUGAAGGACCCGACGGUCGAGAAGCUCGUCAAGGAAGCUUGCCCUCCUGGCAGCAGCGGCAUCAGCAGGUAUGCUCCAUCAAUAGCCAAAUGGCUGGCGGAGUACUCCGACAAGGGCCGCUUCCUCGCUUUCCUGAGCUUGUUCAGCCGCGAGUUCGGGGAGCAGUGCAAUGUGGGCGAGGACUUCUGGGGGUUCGCGGUCUCCACCCAGUUUCUGCCGGCAGACAAGCCCUUGGUGAGGCUGGCCUUCCUCACGACACAGUUCACUUCGCCAACCCACAAAAUCUCGGACGGCUUCGCACGUUUGCUGGUGAAAGCCGACUUUGACAAGCUUAAGAAGCUCAAGGCUGAGGUGGCAAAGAUGGAGUCUUUGCUUUACCAGGCAUGGCAAGCCACAGCCAGCCAACUGCCGGAUCUUCAAGCAGCUCGAAGAUUUGCUUUCGCCUGCAUCCGGAUGACUCUACACAUCCUGGGCAAGCAGAAGAUGGGCCGAGAGGCCAAAGAGUUCAAGGACUUGGAUGCGAUCUUUGAUGAGUUCCAGCAGAAGACUGGGCCGGCGACUUCUGCAAGCAGUGCAGCGGCUACUUCGAGCACUACUGGGCCUGGACUCGUCAGCUUGGGUCAAGCCUACGACCCUUUGUGGCAGGCUCAGCAGAAGCUGGAGCUGGCUGUGGGGAAGCUCUACCAGAUGGAUGGCGAGAUGUAUGAGCUGCAAGCUAUGGGCCAGGACUUCCUCACCUUGAAGAAGAGAGAGCUCUUCGAUGAGUCGACGAUCCAAGUGGAGACGUGGACGUGCCACAAGAGGCUGCGGCCAACGAAGAACUCGGCACCGUACUUGCUGGAUGCAGCUCUUGCGAAAGACCAUCAUCCUGGGGCUGCAAGCAAACAGCAAGCUGCUUUCGCGACUGUCUACAGCCAGCUGCUCGAUGUCACGACGAAGGUCGAGCACAAGAACUUGUGGAAGAUGAUCGCUGUUGAUCCGGUGUCGCGAACAGCCUACAGCUUGCAGAAGAUCCCCGCUCACCAGCUGACCUUCGUGCCUUGCACGGACAGCCCCCAGCAGAUCAGCAUCAAGAAGCCUGAGGCUAAGCAUUGGGGUGAGGUAGUCUUCCAAGGAGUUACCUACUUCGUCCUUGCUCCGAAGGCUUUCAAGCCAGCGACGGCUGAGAAGCCCAGCAGCGGCUGCACGGCGCCUUUUUGGUUCAUGAAGCCGGAUGCGAAUCCGCAUUUCGGUUGGAAGGAGAAGUCUGUGGGUGGCUUGCAGAUUAGCUGCUUGAGCAAUCCCAAAGCCAUCGACAAGCAUGAGCUGCUGACCAUGCCUGUGCUGCAAGAGUCAGAGGCUGAAGAUCCAGCUGCAUCCUCGGGGCCUGGCCCCAAAAAGAAAGCCCGGAAGUGA